AUGCGAUGCGCGAGCAAGGCCGCCGAGAGCGCGUCUGCACGUCUCUGUGCGGACGCCGAAGCAGAAACCGCAGCAACUGAUGUGUCAUCGGUUGCUGAAGCGACUCAGUCUGUGUAUACUGGUGAUGCAGACGCUCGUCGUGAAGACACUCAUGUCUUCACAGAGUAUGAGCUCGGUGUCUCAUACUCUCCUGAUACGGAAGACGGAUCCGUAUCGAAGGCGGUUGAUACCAAGCCGCCUGCCAGGCGUGACAUGGAUGAUUCUACGCGUCGUAGCAUCUUUAAUUCAUCUGACGAAUCAGAUAAACCAUCGCCAAAGCGAAGGCGCUCGAGAUCGCAAGACUCAGGCGCUCACUGUGGUGUCGGUUCUCCUAUGGACACCACUUCGAAACGAGGUGCUAGUCCUUCUGUCGGCACAUCGCAGGAAGAGCGGGACCGCAGUGUGCUGCGUCUCGCUCCAGAAAAGAAGGCAUGGAUGCCUCCUAAAUCAGUCAUGGAUCACUUGUCGGCGACGACGAGUGAUCGUUAUCGAACACGAUUGUUCGAUUCGUCAAGGAUCCAUCACCUUGACCCCAGCGCGAAAAACUACCGCGCUGAGAAUGAGUUCUUCAUCGAUGCUUUCUUUAGACAUCGAUGGUACAGUGGGAAUCACAAACGUGAUGGUUCCUCACUGCUUUAA